UGGGUGAAGAUCAGAUUUGAGUGAGGAGGUGUACAGUUGGGUGUUCUCUGUUUUCUCCAAUUUGACUGAAAUUGUUGUGGCAGUGUGAGGUGCAAUGGCAGGAAUUGAGAAGUGGGUACCUAGAGCUGGUCUGAACUUCAAAAAUCUAGAUGAUGCUUGGCAAUUUUGGCUAGCAUAUGGCGGUCGAACAGGCUUUGAUGUUAGGAAGAGAGGCAGCAAUAUCAGCAAAAUUGACCGUAAAGCAACUUCAUGCAGAUUUGUUUGUUCCAAUGAGGGUGUUCGAAGGAAAGGGCAAACUGAUCAUGUGGCGAAGCUUUUUAGAGCUGAAACGAGGACUAAUUGUGAGGCUCGGAUGGUUCUUUCAUUGAAUCGGUUGACUGGAAAUUAUGAAGUCAUCCAAGUUGUGCUACAACAUAAUCACUUGCUUCAUCUACCACAGACCCGGCAUUUGAUGGCGUCACAAAGGAAAAUUUCUGAAAUUCAAGCUUUUGACAUUGAAACAGCCGAUGAUACUGGAAUUAGGCCAAAACAAGCACAUGAGUUGGCUUGUCGUCGAGUUGGUGGGACACAUAAUCUUAGCUACACUUGUCGUGACCAAAAGAAUCAUCUACGAAGCAAGCGGCAAAGAGAGUUGGCUUUUGGACAAGCCGGCAGUAUGUUGAAGUAUUUUCAAGACAAAAUAGUUGAGAACCCAUCAUUCCACUAUGAAUUGCAAUAUGAUUCUGAAGAGCAUAUAAGCAACAUAUUCUGGCUUGAUGCUAAAAUGAUCAUUGACUAUGCACACUUUGGUGAUGUUGUGACAUUUGAUACUACUUUUGGCACAAACAAAGAAUAUAGGCCAUUUGGUGUAUUUCUUGGGCUCAAUCAGUUUAGAGAAACCACUAUCUUUGGUGCUGCACUAUUGUUUGAUGAAACAAAAGACUCAUUCAUAUGGCUUUUUGAGACUUUUCUAGAUGCACAUAAGGGAAGACAACCAAGAACUAUUUACACCGAUCAAGAUGUAGCAAUGGGAAAGGCAAUAGAGAAAGUAUUCACAGAAUCAUAUCAUGGAUUGUGCACCUUUCACAUAAUGCAGAAUGUCGUCAAACAUUUAUCUCCUGUGAAGGGCGAAGAUGAAGUUGAAGGUGAAGAUGAUGAACCACAUAUCCUCUCAGAUUUUAGUGCUUGUAUGUUUGGCUUUGAGGAAUAA